AUGUGCCCUGUGGAGAGGUGGGUUUCUGGUGCAAUGGCCCCCGUGGAGAUGUGGGUUCCUGCUGUAGCACUUUUCAACACUUGUUGCCUCAACUUUGGAAAGUCUAUAAUUGGCAGGGAGGGUGAUGACUCAAACAGGCGUGAUAUUUGCGCUUUCUACUGCUGUGGGAUGUUCCCCUUUUUAGCUAGGCUUGCUGAUUCAGAUGGCAUUGUAGUGCCAAGAGGGAUGAGGAAGUUGAAAGCCCUGCAUACACUGGGCAUUGUGAACAUCGCACAUGGGAAGGCCAUCCUACAGGAAAUUAAAAGGCUCACCCGACUGCGCAAGCUAGCAGUGACAGGCAUCAACAAGAAGAACUGCCAAGAGUUUUGUUCCACCCUUGUUCAUCUCAGCAGCCUGGAAUCACUACUAGUGGACUCACGGGAGGAGGGAGGUCUUCAUGGCUGCUUGGAUGGCCUGCGCUCGCCUCCGAAAACCCUCCGGAGCCUCAAGCUGCGCGGCGCCCUGAUCAAAUUGCCAGAAUGGGUCGCGCACCUCCAGAAUCUUGUGAAGUUGAGGCUAGAGUGGACCAAGCUAACGGAGGUGGAUGGCACCGUAGAAAUGCUUGGCAAUCUACCAAACCUGGCCAACCUUCGUCUACUGAAUUGGUCUUUCCUGACUGAACAGCGUCAUCUGACUUUCCAUCGGGGGGCAUUCCCGAGUUUGACGACACUGGAGCUGGGAAUGGGACACCUAUUUGGCAUCACGUCGGUGGAGUUUGAAGAAAGAACAGCAGCGCCUAGGCUUGAGCUGCUGACGUGCUCCGUACACAGACCCUCUUUAUCUGGGCUGUCAUCCCUCCCCAGCCUCAAGGAAGUUCUGAUUGUUGAUAAGGAUCGUCGUUACAGCAAGCAGUUGGUGGAAGAUGUGCGGGCCCAGCUUACCAGGAAUCCAAAUAAUCAUAAGCCCGUUUUGAAGUAUAUUGUCUGA